CCCCCUCCAGCUCGCAUCCGUUCUUCCUCCAGGAGGGGAAGGCAGCGCGCGCGUUGAUCCUUCCGCCGGCAUGGCGCUCUCCUGCAUGAGGCGCUGCUCCGCGGGCUCCGCCGCCGCCGCACGGCGAGGAGCGCCGCCGCCGGCUGCGCUCUCCUUCGCCACCAGAUGCGGGCGCCGGGGGCCGGCCGCGGCCGGCUGGCGCGUCGCCGCCGCCGUCGCCUCGACGGGAGUAGUGAAAGGUGCCACAGAUGCUGGUGUGGAGAAGGCUGCCAGAAGUGCUUCCCCAUCAAAGGUGGAAAAUAGCUCACCUUCAGAAAUCAUUUUAGAUGAUUUUGAAGACUUGAGCCCUCUAUCAGAAAAUGAUGAGUCCACUGUUAGUAUCACUGUAGUUGGAGCAUCUGGUGACCUUGCCAAGAAGAAGAUAUUUCCUGCACUCUUUGCUCUAUACUAUGAAGAUUGUCUUCCAAAGCAUUUCACCAUCUUCGGAUAUGCACGGAGCAAGAUGACAGAUGCAGAAUUGAGAAACAUGGUCAGCAAAACACUGACAUGCAGAAUAGAUAAAAGGGAAAACUGUAAUGAGAAGAUGGAAGAAUUUCUAAAGAGAUGCUUCUAUCAUUCAGGCCAAUAUGAUUCAGAGGAGCAUUUCAUGGACCUUGACAAGAAGCUGAAACAACAUGAGGGUUCAAGAGUUUCUGACCGUCUAUUCUACUUGUCAAUACCACCAAAUAUAUUCCUGGAUGUUGUAAAAUGUGCGAGCAAAUCAGCGUCAUCUGCGAAUGGUUGGACAAGGGUAAUCGUUGAGAAACCUUUUGGCCGGGACUCAGAUUCAUCUGCUGCGUUAACAAGAGGUCUGAAGCAGUACCUGGUAGAGGACCAAAUCUUCAGGAUUGACCACUACUUGGGAAAGGAACUAGUGGAGAACUUGUCUGUCCUUCGCUUCUCAAAUCUUGUUUUUGAACCUCUGUGGUCAAGGCAGUAUAUAAGGAAUGUGCAACUGAUAUUCUCAGAGGAUUUUGGCACUGAAGGACGAGGAGGGUACUUUGAUAGAUAUGGUAUUAUCCGGGACAUAAUGCAGAAUCAUCUUCUUCAGAUACUAGCCUUAUUUGCAAUGGAAACUCCUGUUAGCUUGGAGGCAGAGGACAUAAGAAAUGAAAAGGUUAAAGUUCUGCGUUCCAUGAAGCCCCUGCAACUGGAAGAUGUGGUGAUAGGACAGUAUAAAAGUCAUACAAAGGGUGGUACGACAUACCCUGGAUACACUGAAGAUAAGACGGUGCCAAAGGAUAGUAUAACUCCAACAUUUGCUGCAGCUGCCCUUUUCAUAAAUAAUGCUAGAUGGGAUGGUGUUCCUUUUCUUAUGAAGGCUGGGAAAGCUUUACAUACAAAAGGGGCUGAGAUUAGAGUACAGUUCCGGCAUGUUCCUGGUAAUCUUUAUAAGAGGAGUUUUGGGACUGAUCUUGAUACCGCCACUAAUGAGCUUGUGAUACGUGUGCAACCUGAUGAAGCUAUCUACCUGAAGAUUAACAACAAAAUUCCUGGUCUUGGUAUGAGACUAGAUAGAAGUAAUUUGAAUCUUCACUAUGCAGCAAGGUACUCCAAGGAGAUACCGGAUGCUUAUGAGAGGCUCUUGCUUGACGCCAUCGAAGGAGAGCGAAGGCUUUUCAUCCGCUCUGAUGAGCUGGAUGCCGCAUGGGAGCUCUUCACUCCCCUACUCAAGGAGUUGGAAGAGAAGCGGAUAGCCCCUGAGCUAUACCCAUAUGGAAGCCGCGGACCUGUAGGGGCUCACUACCUCGCAGCAAAGUACAACGUCAGAUGGGGUGAUUUGACCACAGAACAGAAGGCAUGAGACAUAGAUGCACUAUUUUCACUAUGUUUUUUUCUUUUUGGCAUGGCAUUUCUGUAAGAUUGCAUUCCCAGUUAGUGGGGCAGAAUGCAAGGAACAGAUGGUAAUAAGCCAAUCAGUUGGCAAGGCCUGUAUCUGUUAGACUAUAAAUAGCUUCGUGUUAUAAUCAGUACCGUGUA